AUGGCCUCCAAGGCAGUUGCGAAGGCCGCGGCAAGCGGUGUUGUGGAAAUCUCAAAGAAGCACACCCUCCAGUCCCAGGGCGUUUGGGAACGUAUCCGCCGCUCCCUUGCUCUCGACCCCAACCGCUCCUCCGGUGUGCCCUUGAACCCGACCUUCCGCAACCCGACACCGGGCGCCUACGACCCCCUCAGCUACGACGACCCCGUCACGCUGCCCGCGGGCGACAUCGCCGACAACCCGUACUGGAAGCGCGACGCCCGCCGCAACUACCCGGCCCUCAGCGUCGUCAACCAGGCCGACGUCGUCGGCUUGCUGUCGGUCGGCUCGGCCGCGAGCCCGCGCGUCGAGCUCAUCGGCGAGGCCGGCGAGAAACAUCUCGUUGCCGCCCGCGAAGAGGCCGCCGCCACAGGCCUGGCGCCGUACCUCGAGAAGAACGCCGCCAAGGCCAUCGAGGCGAGCAAGGAGGCGCUCUUCACCAACGGCCUGCCGCCGACGCCCAGCGGCCAGGACCUCAAGAGCGGAACGUGGAAUGUGCACAAGUACGAGGUCAACAAGGAUCAGUCCUACGGCGAGGGCUACCCCUGCCGGACUUUUGCGUGA